AUCCGGAGCAGCUUUACGUGUCGCACACACUGUAAGGCGCUGAGGUUUUGAUGGAAACAAAUGUCCGUGCUGGCCAGCAACCAUAAUAAGCAUGGUCCGGAAGCGCAAGUACAGCUCUCCGGAACCGUUGACCCCACACUCCAAAGUUCAAAAGAAGAAUGAGACUGUAUGUGAGCUUCAGGUUUCUAACGGUGUACCACCCACCCCGAAGAACAUGACGGUCUCUGCUUUCUCUACAACAAAGGAAUCUGGGAUAGGAGUUCCCGCUGUGCGAAUACCACAAUCCACUACAAGUCCAGCGGAUGUAGAAGAGUGUCUGCAGUCCUCCAGCCCCUCACACACAGAGUCAGAGACUGAAGAGGAUGAUGCAGAAACGGGCCUGGUCAUCACUCUGGAUGGAGAGGGCUGCGGCAGCCGGAAGACGAGAAGGAAGACCAAGCGAGUGUCGGACAGCAGUCAGGGGGAGGGUCAGCCCGGCGCUGGGUUUGGCCCGCAGACAUUGUCCUCCCAAGACAGCGAGAGCCAGAGCGACGACGAGUUUGGCCAGCUGGACAUCGACCUGGAGAGGAAGUCGAAGCAGCACAACCUGACGUCCGUCCACAUUCGGACCAUCCUGCACGAGGUGAUUACCAACAAACAUGUAGUGGCCAUGAUGAAGGAAGCCAUCAAGGAGACCCAGGACAUGCCCAUGUUUGAAGCUAAAAUGACACGUUCUAGACUGAAGCAAGUGGUAGGAGAGGGGGCCAUUCCCAAAUGGAAUAUCUCACCCAUCAAAAGGGUCAAUGAGCCCCCACAGUUUGUGGACAUCCCUCUGGAAGAGGAAGAGGACUCCUCAGAUGAAGAGUACUGCCCUGACGAGGAUGACGAAGACGAGACGGCUGAAGAGACGUUUCUGAGCGAUGUGGACAGCACAUCUUCGUCCCCGCGGUGUGCCCACCGCCCUCAGCCCAGCACCCCAGUCCAAUCUUCACCCACAACCAGCAGUCCAAGACAGAAGCCCAGGUGUUCCCGGCACCUCAGGGUGGCGGCUGUCCCCAUGGGGCCCCCUCCGCCCCCUCCCUCCUCCAGUGGGCCCCCCGGGGCCCUGGACACCACCUUCAUGGAGAAGCUCCAUGCUGUGGAGGAGGAGCUGGCCCUCAGCUCCGUCCACCCCGAGACCUACCAGGCGCUAGGCGGCGGCGGCGUGGCGGGCGGUCUCGUGGCUUGCCGGACGCGCUCCAAGCGCCCGCUGCGGGACGUCCCCCUGGGCCAGCUGGAGGCGGAGCUUCGCGCCCCGGACAUCACGCCGGACAUGUACGACUGCGACGCUGUGAUGAAGGACCGCCACUGGAGCGAGUGGCUGCAGGGCCUCAUGACCUCCGACAUGGAGAACGACGAAGACGGCGAUGACGACGACGACCCAGAGUACAACUUCCUGGAGGACCUGGACGAGCCCGACCGGGAGGACUACAGGACGGACCGCGCCGUCCGCAUCACCAAAAAGGAAGUGAACGAGCUGCUGGAGGAGCUUUUUGAGACGUUCCAGGAUGAGCUGGGAGGGAACGAGGGCGAGGGGGAGGGCCACGAGGAGGACGAGGAGAGGGAGGAAGAGGCUCCGUCUCAGAGCAUGCCCAAAUUCAACGUCCCCCAAGCUAUACGGUUCGAGGCUCCGCUAGCUAGCAUGCUCUCCGAGCGCCGCCGUGCGGUCAGGGAGCAGUACGAGGCCCUGCAGCAGCGGCGAGCGCUCCAGGACACGCCCACACACACGCCCAGCCUCCCCAGCCACGUCUUCGACACCACCUCCAGCCCCACCCCCCUGGUGGUGUUCUGCCCCCAGGCCCGCCCCCAGGCCCGCCCCGCCCUCACCCUGGACUCCGCCCAGAAAGCCCAGCUGCAGCUGCAGGUCCAACAGCACGUCCAGCUGCUGACUCAGCUCUUCCUGCUCUGCAGUCCAGUAGAGGCCCUGCACCACCAGGCCUGCACCACCCAACAGUACCUGGAGGAGCUCCAGACGUUCGCCAGGCGGCAGGAGGGGAAGGGGGGGCCCAGUGUCUUCAGGGUGUGUAACCUGAAGGGGGCGCUCUCCCUCAUCGCUGAGCAGGAGAUACCGUGUCCCAAGCCCCAAGCUCCUCCCAACGCCACCGCGCCUCCUCAAGCGCACCCCAGUUCCUUCAGUAAAUCGCGCACCUAUGCCCAGUUGCCUGCUACGACUGCCUGGCUGCUGGCCACCAGGCCUGUGUUCCUGUACCCUGAACUCCUGCCCCUCUGCAGCCUGGACCCAGCCCUGCACCGCCCUCGCACUAAGAACCACUACACACGGGGGGAGGAGAGUCUCAUAGUCCUGGGCCUGGAGCACUUCAAAGACACGCAGAUGCCCCACUAUCUGAUGUGCCAGUACCUGAUCCGCAAACACAGCCACAGCCACCUUCGAACCCACAUCAAGGAGAUGCUCAGCCCCAAAGCUCCUCACAACGUCUUCAAGCUGUACUAUGAGAACCACAUGCUCCCUGCCAUGCCCCUGGCAUGUGGCAGGGUCAUGCCUGGGGAGGAGCGCCCCCCUGUGGAGAGAGAAGAGGCCAUCAUGCCAAACUGGCUGAAGAAAAGUCUACCUGUCAUACACAAGGCAGUAAUGGCGUAUAACAAAGCAAACAGGCAAGACUCGGAUGAAGAACCACCUUCCUAUACCUUUCCCAGAGGAACGCAGUACCCCACUUCUCUGCCCCGAAACGUCCGGCUACGUCUACACCCCCAUAUGAACGACCGAGUCUGCCGCCCGCCCAUCGCCCCCAAACCUCGCCCCUUUCACGGUUUCACCCCCACAGGCUCUCUAGCACCGUUAGCCAAAGCACCGCUAGCCAAAGCACCGCUAGCCAAAACACCGCUAGCCAAAGCACCCACAGAGGCACCCAGCUUUUUGUCCCACAUCCCAGGACCUAUUCCCUCACACGGUGUCAUCCUAUUGGCUAAUGCCCCGAGCUCUCCAUUCCAAGGGGUCUUGCCAUUGGUUACUCCUGCUCAUGGGGAAGUGGCCUCGGGUGUCAUGCAGAUCAAGCCAGCCACCCCCACGGGAUCCCACCUAAUAGGCCAGUGUGUGAUGUCCACUCACACAGAAACAGCCUACCAACAGAUGCAGCAACGCAAACUGUUACCCAUUCACCCUGCCCCUCGAAAGAAGAACCCCACCAUGGCCUUUUCCACGGGCCCUCAGACGGGCCCUUGGCUCCCUUGGCGUAUUCGACGCCCCCCCACUUCCAACCACAGAGCCAAAGCCAGGGAAGCAGCUCUGGCCCGCCAGCGAACCCCCGCCAGGCCCAUCCUACCAGCCCCCCCCAGCCCAGACCUCGAGCUAAACUCCGCAUCCACCCUGACAGAUUAUGGACUGCAGUCGGCUCCUGUGUUCCUCUCCUGCGCGCCCUCGCCGCCCCUCCUCCCCUCCCCGUUGGGCGCGAGUCCCAUCAACCCUGGCCCGAGCAAUCAGAACUGCGGCUGGAGGCAGCCAGUAGACAGGUCAGAGGUCAGAGACGUGGUCGAGCCUUCGUCCGCAAGCUCCCAACCGCACGGCAGCCAAACAAGCGGCCUCUCGCUCCACCGCGGUAACACCGCCGUCCCAGACUCCUCAGCGCAGGGGGCCUCUUCGGACAGGAACUCCGACUAUGUCCUGCUCCAGAUGACCUCUAACGGCUCCACCCAGACGUUCUGGGUGCCUCAAUACUGCCUCACCCUCAACACCACUCACAAUGACUUCCAGCAGUUAGGCAGCGGGCCCGGCGGCCUUUCGGCUGCCCCGCAACAGCAGCUAGCCCCCCCGACGCCAGAAUUACCCUCCGGCCUCUCGUCGCCGACCGCGUCGCCAGCUAGUGCCGCGACCCAGCAGGAGGCCCCCCUGGACUGUGACCUGCCCAACGCCACGGCUGGACAGAGCCUGGAGGAACAGCUGUACCGGCUGGUGGAGGGGUUAAAAGACGGGGCGAAAGAGGGAGAGGAGGAGGAGGACGAGGAGGAGGAUGAGAGGGGCGGUUGGGGGAAUCUGGAGGGUCCCCUCCUCACCCUGUCGGCAUCGUCCGGGAGCCCCUGCUCCAGCCUGGACAGCCAAGCCGACGCCCUGGAGAGGAUGAUGGCAGACGGGAUGGAGGGAGGGCGGGAUGAGACGGAGGAGGAGGAGGAGGAGGAAAGGACGGAGCUGGGAUUGGAGAGGUGCUCAGGAAUGUCCAAGGUCCCCCCGCACGCCCCACCAGAGGAGGAUCUGAACGGAGAAGAGCAGGACAAGAGAGAUGGAAAAGGGCGACACCGCACCACGCCAGACAUGACCAGGGCGGGUAGAGAGACACCGGGAGGAAGUGAAGGCGAAGGGGCGAGGAACGAAGGAGAGGAGGAGGGGGAGGGCGGCGAAGGGGAAGGGGAGGAGGAGGGGGAGGGUGUGGCGAGCGGAGGGGAGAAGGACGGGGACGGGGACCCGGAGAGGCAAGGCGACGAGGAGGAGGAAGAGGACUUUGAUGACCUCACACAGGACGAGGAUGAAGAGGAAGUGAUGUCAUCUGCCUCCGAGGAAUCUGUGCUCUCCGUUCCAGAGUUGCAGGAGACCAUGAAGAAGCUGACGUGGCUCGCGUCAGAAGGCCGGCUGUGUGGAGAAGGCGACUCUGAGGAGGACGCCUCGCCAAACUCCCCCGUUUCCCAGAACUCCCAGGAGGAGAACUCGGACGAGGAAGAGGAGGGUCCGGGGGCCAAGGGGGAGGGCCUGGAGCCCGGGGAGGGCGGGGUUAGUAAGGCGGCGGGCGACGAAGACGCCCCCCAAGGCGAAGACGCCCCCAGGGCCGGCGGCAAGGCUGCCGGACGAGGCCGAGGAAGGGGCCGUCCUCCGCCCCGCGGCCUGAGGCGUGCCAGGCGGCAGGAGCGCGACAGCAAGGACGCGUCCAAGCUGCUGCUGCUGUACGACGACCACAUCCUGGACAACGACCCCCUGAGGGAGAGCAAGGACAACGCCUUCGCCCAGGCCUACCUCAACAGGGUGAGGGAGACUCUCCAGGACGUCCCGGGGAAGGUGGAGGAGUUUCUGGGGCUGCUGUACGAGUUUGAGCAGGGCGGCGAGGGGCGCAGUGUGGUCGAGCUGUUUACGCAGCUGCGUGGCGUCCUGGCCGACCAGACGGAACUGCUGCGGGACUUUGCAGCCUUCCUCCUCCCCGACCAGGCGCUGGAGUGUGGCCUGUUCGAGGAGCAGCAGGCGUUUGAGCGAAGCCGGCGGUUCCUGCGCCAGCUGGAGAUCAGUUUUGGGGAGAACCCGUCUCACUACCAGAAGAUAGUGAAGGCUCUGCAGGGAGGCCCUAACCUCAGCCCCGCCAGCAUAGAGGAGCUGAAAGCACUGAUGUCGUCGCUAUUGAAGGGUCACACCCAUCUCCAGGGGGAGUUCGGGGUGUUCUUUGAUGAGCUCCGCCCUCCCCCAGCCCGCCCCGGGCAGUUUGAGGAGGCCUGUUGGCCGGAGGAGGGUGGGGUGGGAGUGGAAGGCAGCGAGGGGGCCGGCUUGGCGUCCGGGGGAGGGGCCAGCAGCGGGUUUGAGGAAGUUACCCUUCCUGAUCUGGAGGAAGAGGAAGAGGGGCAGAAGAUUCCCCCCAUAUCAGCACGAAGCCGGAGAAGGAAGAUGGGCUCCAUUGGCAACUAUAAGGAGUGUGAUUGGCCAGAAAAGGAUUGCUCCUGCCUCUGUCACGAUGCAAAGCUUCGUCGACACAAAAGGAAAGUGUGUUCUCGUUGCCACAUCAACAAGGCCCCAGAUGGUGUUUCCAGGGCGAUAAAGAGUCUUGACCCCUUGUACCCCGCGUCAACCAGCCCCAUGGCUGAAUUACCUACUGAUGGAGGUGGAGAAGAGAGGGAGGAGGAGAAGGAGGAGGAGAAGGAGGAAGAGCCAGAAGAGGAGAAGGAAGUGGAUUCUGAAGUCAAAGAUGAAAUUGACAGCGGGGCAAACAGUCCACUGCCUGCACAAGGACUGGACUGCUGGGAAGGCAGACUCCCUCUCACGGAAGAGAGGGGGGAGGAAGAGGACGAGGAAAUGGAGGAGGAGGAGGUGGAAGAGGUGGAGGAGGAGUGGAAAGACGGUAAGGGAGAACCCAGUCCUUCACCGAAGAAGAGCAGGGUGGAAAGAGAAGGGUCGGGCUCAUCUCAUAGCCCCUCAGUCCCCCUCUCUGGAGUGAUGGAGACCCCCCCUCAGCCUCGCCCCAGCCCCCCCUCUGACCCCCCCGUGUGUGCCAAAAACAUCUCCCUCACUGCAAGUGGAGAAAAGGUUAUCCUUUGGACAAGAGAGGCGGACCGUGUCAUUCUAACAACCUGCCAGCUGCAAGGAGCCAACCAGAGUACCUUUCAAGCAAUCUCCACACAGCUGGGCAACAAGACCCCUAAUGAAGUGUCGAGGCGUUUCAGGGACCUCAUGCACCUGUUCCAUACUGCCGCUCGCCAGGUCAACUCCAAGGAUGAGGCUGUUGCUACGGAACAACAGGCUGCCACUGAUAAGGAGCUGGAGUGAACUGGAAUGGACCAGUUCUGAACUGCACAGACACGUCUGAUUUGAACACACCUGAAACGGAUGACUACAUGCCUCUCAAGAACAGCUUUGUUAAGGAGGGAUGCAGAAUUUGUAUUUCAGGUUUUUCACGUCAAGAUUCUUGUGAUGUCUGGACAUUCACAAUAUUUGGACCGUAUGGUCAUUUCUGGCAUAUAUUAUAUAUAUGUUGAUGUGUAUAUAUAUAUGUAUGUUAGAAUAAAAACCAGCGAUGCAAUGGGCAGCUUCUAUGUUUGACAGUGGUCAGGCAUAAAGGAACUCUUAAGUUAUGAUGACGUUGAAUUGCACCAGCAAAAUACUAUGUGUUUCAAUGAGUUGUUGUAAAAUGUUUAUUUAAAAAAUGCAGUGGUCCCCUUUUUUUUAGAGCCGUGGUUGUACAGUUGUGUGGCACAGUUCUGAGAUGCAGUUUUAUUUUAUACAAUAUUGAUGUGUGCCUCAUCAUUUGGCUUGCAAAUAUUCAAUCAUCUGUGAUGGAUGAAUGGUGGUAGUUUUAUCAAUAAAAAGUUGUACAUGCACAAAUAU